AUGUCUCCAAAGAAUUGCAGAAUGUCUGCAGUAAUUCUGUGCCUAUUCAUCUUGCUUGGGCUUUGCUACGGUGAAGGCGUUGAACUAGAAGUGAGUAACGAUUGCAAGAAUGCCAAGGCAAUUGUUAAACCCUGUAUCACAGAAAUCAUCAAGGAAGUUUUGACAUUUCGGAGCGUUUCAAUUCCUGCCACUUGCUGUCACGCUAUACUUGGUAUCGCUGCCAGUUGUUACUCUAAAACCUUGCCCUCAUGGUUCAUACCAUUUGUCCAAGAGCAUUGCUACUGA